AUGCUUGGUUCAAUGAGCACAAAUUAUAUGACUACGAUCAAAACAACUGUAUGGCAUGUUUGCAUUACACACAAUGGUAAUUGGAAUAAUGAGCAACCAUAUGAAGUGAGAUCUCGUGAAUUCUGCCCAAGCGGUGAAAAUACGAACAAUGAGAUCUUUGUUCCAUCAACAAUUAAUCAGUUGCAUGAAUUUACUUUGUCAAAUGUGUUGAAUGAGCGAACCGUUUCACUGGAUAUGCCUAAUAGUUCAAAUGAUGGAAAUCAUAUGAACAUUCAUAUGUUAAAUAAAACUUUACCUGGGCCAAAUAUAUUAAUGAAUGAUUCUAUUUGUUAUUAUGUUUCUCAUUGA